UGUUUGUAACUCUUUAAGAGCAUCCUAAAUGGUUAUGUAUUUAACUGGGAGAGAUUGGCUGGUAUGGACUUGAACGUUUUAUUUUCUAUGCGAGAAAAUGGAACGAUUGUCCAAGUCGAAAAAGAAUGGGCAACAACAGGUACCCAGAUACCAAACACAGAAGAGAAGGAAGAAUCAGAACAAAGGGAAGAGGUUUAAUGGACAGCCAGCAAGGAAAAGGUUUGGGAAUCCCGGAGAAAAACUAGUGAAGAAAAAAUGGAACUUGCAUGAACUGCCUCUGUUUGAGAAGAACUUUUACCAGGAGCACCCUGAUGUAUCUAGGUUGACUGUGCAAGAAGUUGAACAAUAUCGACGAAGCAGGGAAAUCACAUUAAAGGAUUAUAACUGUCCAAAACCAAUUAUACAUUUCCAUGAAGCUAGCUUUCCUUCUUAUGUUAUGAAUGUUCUUGUGAACCAGAACUUCACAGGACCAACCGCUAUUCAAGCGCAAGGAUGGCCUGUUGCUCUUAGUGGAAGAGACCUUGUGGGAGUUGCACAGACCGGAUCUGGCAAGACACUAGCUUACUUACUACCUGCUAUAGUUCACAUAAAUCAUCAGCCUUUCCUUGAACAUGGUGAUGGGCCAAUUGGAGUUGCAGCCAAUGGACGUUCUAGGCAAGCCUACGAUACUGGCACAGCCUAUCCAAAACCACCAUCUUCUCAAUUUAACAAGGAGUCACACCCACAUAUACGUGAGGGAGGUUCUAAUAGAACGGCCCCUACAGUUGAGGAUACUAAUGGCGAUACGGUUACAAACAACCAGAACUCUAGUAACACGAGGAAUAGCCAACAAAGACGUCAUAAUUACAACAGAAACAACUCUGAGAACAACUUUAACUCUAAUACAAAUUCAAAUAUCCAAAUUUUCAUCAGCCGCGAAUUACAACUCGAGGCAGCAACCAACAAGAACUUAUUACAACAGCAGGAACAGAAAGAUGAACUAAACGCACUUUCUGUAAGUAACUUUAAUACUUGUAAAGUGCUAUACAAUGAUGCCAAAGACUUCAGAGUUUAUAACUUUUCUAAUAUAGACAUUGCACCAGCCUCAAUUAAUUUGCUGGCAAAAGGUCCUGCAUUUGUUCCAGCCAUACCUCAAACGACCGGUAUUGAAUGGGUGAAAGAUGUUUUGCGUACUAGAAAAGCACUUGAAUCGGAGAUUUCCUUGAUAGAGGAACUGCUUGAUUUGAUCCUGAGUUUUAAUUUUAUUACAUUCAAUGGUCUUCAAAAGAAAGAAGCUUUGAAGGGUCUUAUGAAUAAUUCUAACAUAGUAAUUGUGGGUGCUGAUAAUGGAGGGGUGGUGGUUAUAUGGGAUAAAGCACAAUAUAUGACAGAAGCAUAUAGACAACUGUCUGAUACACAGUUUUAUUCUGUCCUAAUUAGUGAUCCUACUUUUGAAUAUAAAAACAAGAUUGACAGGCUUGUUCGGUUGAUGGGGGAAAUUAUGAGCGAAAAGGAGAACAAAACGAUUGUCUUUGUGGAAACCAAACGACGGUGUGAUGAUCUAACUAGAAUGAUGAGGAGAGAUGGUUGGCCAGUUAUAGGAAUCCAUGGUGACAAAAGCCAACAAGAACGAGACUGGGUCCUUAAUGAAUUCAAGUAUGGUAAAGCUCCCAUCUUGAUUGCCACUGAUGUUGCAUCCAGAGGCCUAGAUGUGGAAGAUGUGAAAUUUGUCAUAAAUUAUGAUUACCCUAACUCGUCAGAGGACUAUGUCCACCGAAUUGGAAGAACGGCCCGUAGUACCAAAACGGGCACAGCUUAUACCUUCUUCACUCCUGGCAACAUAAGGCAAGCAGAUGACCUAAUCUCCGUGCUUCUUGAAGCUAAUCAAGUGAUCAACCCUAAAUUACUUCAGCUAGUAGAAGGAAGAGGGUCAGCUCGUUUAAAGGGUAGAAGAGGAUUUAAGGAUGACCGCCGAGAUCGAUACCCUGUUGGCAAAAGGGGUGGAUUUCAGGGUGGGCUCAGAGAUGGAGAGAAUUUCAACAGACAAGGAAAGAGAGACUUCAUCUCAAAGACUCAAAAUGGUGAUUAUGGUAUUUCAAACUAUGGUACUAGUACAAACAACUGUGGAUCUGGCUAUGGUGCUAAUGUUGUAGCAGAGUACAAGUCUUGUACACGGAGUGGAUCAUUCCAAAAUGGGCACCAGAACACUCGACUUUUUGGAGGUGGUAGUCAAAACAAUUUCCUUAAUGGUAUGAAUAAGCAGCAGUAUGCUUAUCUUCCACCUCAUAUGGCUGGUUAUCCCUUACAGACCACACACCCAUAGUUAUAGGUUUGUAUUAAAAUUGGCAUCUUAAAAAGACUGUUUUUGUGUGUUCUAUUUUUAAACUGCAUUUUCAGUAACUUAAAGAAUUUAACCAAAAUAACAUAAUGAAACGGCAUAGCACUGUAAUUGCAAGGAUGCACUUUUCUGUUUUGUUUUAUUUAAGUUUAACAUACAUUCCUAAACGUAGAUGUCCUGGCUUUGUACUGGAACCUUACUCAUGUUUUGAUGCAGGUAAAUGAGUUUGAUUAUUCAGUUACAAAUAAUGAGGGCAAUAUGUGGCCUUCAAUAAAAAAAAAUAAAAAAAUGGCAGAGUGAUUUAUUGUCUGCUUUAAUGUA